AUGGCUGAGCUCUCCAGGCCCGCCGCAGCCGCGACGGAGCUCCCCCGUCGGUGCCUGGAUUCUCGUCGACGGAGUUCCUCUCGCGCGUUUCUCCCGCUUCUCCCUUUGCGAUCGGCGCGCGGAGGGAGGAGCAAUGUUGGAAGGGUUGAACUGGCGUUCGCGGCGGAGGAAGGGGAGCUGGAGCGGCCCCGGUGGAGCGGGGAGACCCCGCUGUCCCUUUUUGUGAGGGCGCUCAUCUCCUUCAAGCCGUUCUAUUCCGUCAUGACGAUGGCGGCCAGGGGGGUUCUGAUCAAGUGAGUUUCUCUCUCCCCCGGCGCCUCGUCUCCUUUGGCGUCUUCUAACUUAGCUUGAUCGUUUCAUCUGAGCAGCACGGCGGAGAAGUCCAACGUUCCAUGGAGGGCCAUGGCCAAGGAGAUCCUGGAGUCGGAUGUUUACAAGGAGAUGGAGAGGAUCCAGGACCCCUCCAUCGUAUACCCUGACUGUGAGUUGUCUUGAAUUCCUUCAACGUUCUCAGUGUACUGUUUCUUGGAAAAUCAAUUAAGAACUCGAGAAAUUUCUUGCAAUCGAUUAAUUAUUUUUCGUCGGCGGGGAAAUUGGUCUCCUUACAGCUAAUGUAUCCUGUCUUCAUUACGAGCAGACUAUUUGAAGCCAUUCCAUGGAUAUGAUGAAGGCAAUCUUUCUUGGCUGGUAAAAUCCCUCACUCAAUUAAGAUUUUUGACGGUUGUUUGCUUACUUGUCUUUCCAUCUCAGUGAAGCGCUUGCAUUGUUCUUCUUCCAAUUACUCUCAUACGUUCUUAUGCCGAAGGCUCGGCUGGUCUGCUCCUCUUGGCUUUUCUGGUUUCUCAUCUCCUGAUGUAUGGAAUCUUUUUCACUGCAGAAGCCAUUCUCAAAUGCGAAGAAAUCUAACAGACAAUUUUCAUGCUUUAUUUUUUAUCAAGGAGCAUUUUAUUGUAAAAAAAAAGAAAAAUUGUCCUACAUUUUGAUACCACCUUGACAAACUUUUCACUCUAGUUUAUGCACUUUCUUGUGAAAUUCGCGUUGCAUCCUAUUUUCCAUUUUUUUCCGUGAUUUAAUUUUCAACGCCAAUUUUCUACCACGUGAGCAAUACAGAUUGAAUAUACCCACAUUCCAUAGACCAGAAUCUUAGUGAUGAUAUGGCUAUGACAUUUUUUUUUCUUUUUAUUUUUCUUUUCUUUCUUCCUUCUUGGUAUCAGAAGGAGAAAAUCUUAUGGGGGGUCCAAUCAAUGGGGUGAUAAAUCUGGGUGCUUAUGACGUGAUGCUUUGAUGGCAGGCUGCUGCGGAGGCAGAAGCAGCGACACUAGUAGUGGCGCAGAGAGCAGUCCCAAAUGCCUCAGUUGAGGAAGCAAAUGAUAUCGUGCGUGGAAGAUGGCUGGAUGUAAUUGAACAGCACCACCAAAGGCAUUCAAGAAAUCUCAUCAUCAGUGAUAUUCUGGACAUCGGAUGCUCCAUAGGGUUCAGCACACGUUGCCUUGCCAGCAGGUUUCCUUCAGCGAGACUCACCGUAAGUUUGGAAAAUCUAGUCCUCGUGCACGCUUUUAAAGAUUAUGAUUAUUAAUUUCUCUUCAUAUACGAGUUUAUGGCUUACCUAUAAUUACAAGAAUCUCGCGCUAGAACCUAUAAUUACCAGAGAAUACCAGAUUCAUGGCCUACCUUACCUUACUCGCUGGAAUACCACAAGGUCUGAUCUGAUCAUGAGGAAAACUCCAUGUUAAUUAAGUGCCAUAAUCCAUGUGCAGAUGAACAGUUCAUCUCCCAUCUCUUCAUGUCAGUUCCUUGAUGUCUAACUGCAGGGUGUAGAUCUGUCGCCAUACUUCCUCUCCGUUGCUCAAUUCAAAGAGAAGCAGAGAGCAUCUAGGAGUAACCCAAUUACCUGGAUCCAUGCCAAUGGUGAAGCAACAGGCUUGCCGUCCAGUUCAUUUGACCUGGUUUCUGCUGCCUUCGUGGUAUGCCUUCCCCUCCCCCUCCAGGAACCUCAUGGCUGCAUCAUCUGCUCCAUAUAAUUAUAGCUUUCUGCUGGGAUUCCUCUCAAAUCUCAGCUCCAUGAGUGCCCUGCUUGGGCGACGGCCAACAUUAUCAAGGAGGCUUUCCGUCUUCUCCGGCCCGGGGGAACAUUGGCCAUCAAAGACAACUCAGUGAGCCCCCCCAACCCCAUCUUUUCCCCCCGUUUUCUCUCCCCUCUAAGCUCUCCUCUGACGCAUCCAUUCCUCUUUCUUCCCGUCUUCCUCUGCUGCAGCCGAAAUCGAAGGUCAUCCAGGUGAGGCCUCCUCUCUCUCUCUCUUUCUCUCUCUCUCUCUCUCUCUCUCUCUCUCUCCUCGGUCGUGUGUUUAUUAAACUGGAUAGACGGAAACCUUCUGAUGUGGUGGCCGGGGGUGAGGGAUCUUGCAGGAGCUGUCUUUGGUGCUGUUUACGCUGAUGAAGUCAAUGGAGCCGUUCUUGGACGAGUACUAUCAGCUGGAUCUGGAGGGGGUGAUGAGGGAUGCCGGGUUUGUGAAUGUCACCUCGGUGAUGACUGACCCCCGUCGCAGAACGGUCACCGCGACGGUGCCAUUCUAG